CGAAAAGAAUUCCAAAAUUCUGGGGUCAAAAUUGAAAGUAAAUAAAAAUCAGAUGGAAAUUCCCCAAAAUCCCCAAAUCCAUAAUCCCAGCCUGGGUUCUGUUUCUAGUGCGUCUAUCCUUUUAGCUGGCUUUAGCUGAGCCACUCAAGAACUCCAGGAAUCAGUACCAUUUCAGUCUGUUUCUUGAUAGGUAUGUGGAAUGUGGACAUGGCUUUUCCCUUCUUGACCAGCAUCAUUAUCGCAGCCCUCCCAUUGUUAUACUUUAUGGUCUACUCCUACUUGUGUCCUUCCAGCAAUGCUCCAUGCCCACAAUCAUACCCUAUAAUUGGAAAUCUCAUAGGUUUCCUUCGGAACCAUCACCGGUUCCAUGACUGGGUUGCAGACAUGCUGUCCACAACCCCAUCUCUUACCCUUGAGGUUAAAACCGUCUUUGGCCUCUCCCGAGGCAUCUGCACUGCCAACCCAGAAAACCUUGACCAUUUUCUCCGCACUAACUUCCCUAACUAUGUGAAGGGCACCCGGUUCAAUUCUGCCCUCCAAGAAAUUCUUGGUAAUGGAAUCUUCAAUGCCGAUGGUGAACUUUGGUCCGGUCAGCGCAAAAUCGCAAGCCAUGAGUUCAAUACCAGAUCACUCAAACAAUUUAUCAGAGAGACCGUGCAAUCCCAGCUUUCUAACAGCUUGAUGCCGUACAUGGCCAUGGCUUGUGAUAAUGGAGAAGCCAUAAAUCUGCAAGAUGUGCUCCAGAAGUUCACAUUUGAUAAUAUAUGCAAUGUGGCUUUCGGCGUUGACUUAAACAGGACUGAUGAAAAAGAUGUGUAUUUGUCAUUCGCUCGUGCAUUUGAUUAUGCUGUUAAGGUAAGUUCAGACAGGUUGUUAUCUCCAUUGCCUGCAAUCUGGAAGAUCAAGAGGUUUUUAAACAUUGGGAGUGAGAAAAGAUACAAAGAAGCCAUUGAAGUGGUAAAAGACUAUGCCAUGAACAUAUUGAAAACCAAAGAGGAGAAAAUAGAGAACGAUGUGGGAAAGGGGCUGGAAAUCAAGCAGGACUUGUUAACGAGGUUCUUGGACUCGGUUUCUGAUUAUAAGUUUCAUGAUCAAGAAGAAAAGACAAAUUUUUUGAGAGAUAUUGUCAUCAACUUCAUACUUGCAGGCAUGCAGUUCUAUUUUUUUCACUAGUAGGGGAAAAUUGCAAAAUUAAAACUUUAAAAAAAUCUAAAAAAGUGUACGCAUCAAGCAUCUACGAGUAAUUGUUUUUGGUUACUGUCACAUUCCAAUUUUACUUUGCCAAAAUAUGAUCCAAAAGUAUAUUGUUAGUGUAUAAAACCUUUCUUGGGCCUACAACCACGAGUUUGAGUUUUUU